UCUAUGGGAUCUCCUUACUUCAGCAAUAAUGCUAGAGCCUGGGGAUCUGAUUGAAUUUCAGAGAAUGGGAUACCAACACUGGGGCAUCUAUGUGGGAAAGGGAUAUGUGGUCCACUUCACAUUUCCAGAGUUGGAAGAGGGAUUGAAUAAUAUGCUUAAUGGAGAAUUCUUCAAAGCCAAAGUUCAAAAGGAGCGUCUGAGGAACGUGGCUCGUGUUUCAAGCUAUGCUGUAAACAACCAAUUAGAUAAAAAGCACCCUCCAUUACCUCUUCCUCAUGUGGUAAAGAGAGCUGAGCACCUGGUGGGGAAGAAUAUAGACUACAAUCUAGUUAUGUCUAACUGUGAACAUUUUGCCACUAUGAUAAGAUAUGGCAUUGCUGAAUCACAGCAGGCAAUUUACUUUGAAGUGGAUGAAGGUUUUGUGAAGCAGAUAAAGAAAUGGCUAGCCGAGAUCAAUGAGUAGCGUGUGGAUCGACAGCACAACACUCAACCUUGUCUAUGGAAAGAAAUGCAUACAUGAUGCCUUCUCUGCAGGAGCUUCGAAGAGUAAAAAGGAAAGCUAGAUACUUUGAAAACCUAAACCUCUUUUC